CUUCAUUCUUGUUCUGCCUCACCCAAGGGAACAAACCCCAUUGGCUGGGCGGCAACCUGAAAGGCGGGGCCCGCACGCGUUCACAGUGGGAAUGAGCUGAGGGGGCCAGUUAGGCGGGGCUAGACUCUGUCCUAUCUAAGGUGGUAAAGGCCAAUGAUUCUCCAGGCCGCCUCUCCUAGAAAAGUCAUCUCGCGAAACUUUAAAAUUCCUGCCUUCUGAGGCACCGCGAGGGGCUAGAACCAACAACCUCAUUUAUCAUCUUCCUCAUUGCAAAAGUGGCAAGUCCCCUUUGCUACCAUGAGGAUGUACCAAGUGAGACCGAGUAGGGGGAGCGAGUAGUGACUGGCACGCCUGGUUAUUGGCUGCUGCUUACCUCGGCGCUAGCAAACUUCUGGCAAGAUCGAAAUUGAGUGCUAAACAACCCAUACACUUCCCUCUGGCGCCGUUCCAGGGCCAGCGCCACGUUCCCCAGUGGGCGCGCAAUGGCCGCGCCCCCUCCCACUGCGGACGCGUCUUUUGGUACAUGCAGUCCGAGGUCGCCAUGGAUCGGAUGAAGAAGAUCAAACGGCAGCUGUCGAUGACACUCCGAGGGGGCCGAGGUGUAGACAAGACCAAUGGUGCCCCUGAGCAGAUAGGCCUGGAUGAGAGUGGUAGUGGUGGCGGCAGUGACCCUGGAGAGGCCCCCACACGUGCUGUCCCUGGGGAAACUCGCUCUGGACGGGUCCUACUCAGCGCUGCACAAGAGAUUGUACAUGAGGACUUGAAGAUGGGGUCUGAUGGGGAGAGUGACCAGGCUUCGGCCACAUCCUCAGAUGAGGUGCAGUCGCCAGUGAGGGUGCGCAUGCGCAACCAUCCCCCACGCAAGAUCUCCACUGAGGACAUCAACAAGCGCCUGUCGCUACCAGCUGACAUCCGGCUGCCUGAGGGCUACCUUGAGAAGCUGACCCUCAAUAGCCCCAUUUUUGACAAGCCCCUCAGCCGCCGCCUCCGUCGUGUCAGCCUGUCCGAGAUUGGCUUUGGGAAAUUGGAGACCUACAUCAAACUGGACAAGCUGGGCGAGGGCACCUAUGCCACCGUCUACAAAGGCAAAAGCAAGCUAACAGACAACCUUGUGGCACUCAAGGAGAUCAGACUGGAGCAUGAAGAAGGGGCACCCUGCACCGCCAUCCGGGAAGUGUCCCUGCUCAAGGACCUCAAACACGCCAACAUCGUCACGCUACACGACAUUAUCCACACAGAGAAGUCCCUCACCCUUGUCUUUGAGUACCUGGACAAGGACCUGAAGCAGUACCUGGAUGACUGCGGGAAUGUCAUCAACAUGCACAACGUGAAACUGUUCCUGUUCCAGCUGCUCCGUGGCCUGGCCUACUGCCACCGGCAGAAGGUGCUACACCGAGACCUCAAGCCCCAGAACCUGCUCAUCAAUGAGAGGGGAGAGCUCAAACUGGCUGACUUCGGCCUGGCCCGGGCCAAAUCAAUCCCAACGAAGACGUACUCCAAUGAGGUGGUGACAUUGUGGUACCGGCCCCCUGAUAUCCUGUUAGGAUCCACAGAUUACUCCACACAGAUUGACAUGUGGGGUGUGGGCUGCAUCUUCUAUGAGAUGGCCACGGGCCGGCCCCUGUUCCCGGGCUCCACGGUGGAGGAACAGCUGCACUUCAUCUUCCGCAUCCUGGGAACCCCAACUGAGGAGACAUGGCCAGGCAUCCUGUCCAAUGAGGAGUUCAAGACAUACAACUAUCCCAAGUACCGAGCCGAGGCCCUUUUGAGCCAUGCAUCCCGACUUGACAGUGAUGGGGCCGAUCUCCUCACCAAGCUGCUGCAGUUUGAGGGUCGCAAUCGGAUCUCUGCAGAGGACGCCAUGAAACAUCCAUUCUUCUUCAGUCUAGGGGAGCGGAUCCAUAAACUUCCUGACACUACUUCCAUAUUUGCACUAAAGGAGAUCCAGCUACAAAAGGAGGCCAACCUUCGGUCUUCGUCAAUGCCUGACUCAGGCAGGCCAGGUUUCCGUGUGGUGGACACCGAGUUCUAAGCCGAGUACUAAGCCACAGACCCAGGCCCCAACAGGCAGCAGCUGGAGGGAUGCCACACCCCUCACAGGGCAGCCCCCCCCAACUGCAUACCCCCUGCUUGCUGCCUGCCUACCUGCCUGAUCCAUGCUCGCCUGCCCACAUGUCCCCUGCUGCCUGCCCCAACAUCCGACCAUUGGCCUGUCAGCCCACCCAUUGGCCUGUCUACUGGGUGCUAACAAAGCUCUCAUCACUCCUUCGCCUGGUCUGUCUGUCUUGUCUCUCUGUCUCGGCAGUUGCGGGCGGACAGCAUGGCCGUGCCAGCCUCCCACACUGAGGCCAGGCCUACUCCCCUCCCCAUCAUACUCUCCCCCAGGACCACUGCCCCACGGCCAGCCAGGGGUCCGGAGCUAGCCCAGGCUGGGGAUCUGGACUCAGACAAGAUGGUGGUGAUGCCCUGAGUCUGAGGCUUCCCCUGCCUGACUUCCUGCCUGCCCCACCUGCCUCAUGUUGUGUGGGCCUCUUUUUGUUUGUUUCAUUCAUGUUUUUUUAAUUAUUUUGAAUGAGGUUUUCAUUUUUUUAAAUGCAAUACUCUAUACAGACUGGCUGGGCCCCACCCCCUGUGUGUGGGCCCUCCCACAGUAUUUUGUGCAAUGAAGCCCCGCUCCCAGCCCCUCAGAGGCAAGGAUACAGCCCCUAACCAGAACCCUGACCAUCACCAGACCCUGGGGUUGGCUAAGGGAGAGCAUGCCUUGGCCACUCGCCUUCCUACCCCCGCCUGCCAUUCCCAGCCACUAAGGGACCUGGGAACUACAGGAGACUCUGAGACAUGGAUGAGGUGGGGGGCCCCACUCUUAACCUUCCUGCAGUCCUGUAGCCAGGGCCUCCUUCCUUCUCAGGGUCUCCCCAGCCCAGCCCUCCUGCACCCCCAUCCCACUUGGUGCUGUUGAGUAGGGGCCCUGCCGGGAACUAGCCAACUCAGUGAGGAGCCAUAGUGUGUAUAUGUGCACAAGCAGGGAGGGUCUGGGGUGCAUGGGGGUUUGUGCCGAGGCGUUACCCCCUAACCCCUGGGAAGGUUGAGGCAGGGCAGGGACAGUUUCCGGGGUCAGUCCCCAGAUGGGUGGUUACCUCCCUUUCUUCCACCCUAACCCCUGGGGCCCUCAAAUGGGGUGGAAGGGCAGGGGUGGGGGCCCUCCUAGUGGGGUUUCGGGGUUGGAUUCCUGAAUGCACCAUAAUCGCUGUAUGAAAUAUUAAAAGUCUAAAGUGAAAA